AUGAGUUAUAUCAGCAUUAAACAAGGGGAAGAUUGGUUCAAACCACAAAAUUUAGGUCGUCCCAUUGAUUGUUUAUUGGGUGCCGAAAUUUUCUAUGAAUUAUUACGUAGCGGGCAAAUUUAUUCGCAAAAUUCUGAUCUUAUUUUCCAAAAUACAGUGUUUGGGUUUGUGGCUUCAGGUAGUAGUAGUUGUGUAAAUAGUGAUGUAAAAGUACAUUUUGGAUUAAUUAAGGAAGGAGAUUUAAAUGAUACCUUAAGAAAAUUUUGGGAAUUAGAAAAUGUUGAUUUAGAACGAACCAAAAAUAAAGAGGCAGUUUUGUGUGAGGAACAUUUCGUGAAAACGCAUUCAAGGGAUGCUGAGGGCCGGUAUAUAGUGAAAAUGCCCCUUAAAGAUGACCCGAAAUGUUUAGGUGAAUCAAGGGACAUAGCUGUCAAACGAUUGGAUGCACUGUGGAUUAGGUUAGAGAGAGAUCCUCAAUACCUAAAGAUAUAUAAAGAUUUCAUACAUGAAUAUGAACAUUUAGGACACAUGAAGGAAAUAAUCACUGAGGAGGAUAACCCAGAGAUAAGUUAUUAUAUGCCACACCAUGGCGUAUAUCGGCCACAAAAAAGUACCACUAAAUUGAGAGUGGUCUUUAAUGCGUCGAAUCCGACAAGUAAUGGAUUGUCACUCAAUUCGUUGCAAUAUAAUGGAGGACUUGUGCAAGAUGACUUAUUUGCAAUCAUGAUAAAAUUCAGAGAACAUCCUUAUGCCUUUACGGCCGAUGUAAAAAUGAUGUAUCGUAUGAUACUCAUGCACGAGAGCCAGCAAUCAUUGCUCAGAAUUUUAUGGAAAGAAAAUCUUGAUGAUCCAGUAAAAACUUUUGAGCUGAAAACAGUGACUUAUGGGACAGUGAGUGCUCCCUUUUUAGCAACAAGAGCACUGUUGCAACUGUCUAAAGAUGAAGAGAAGAACUUUCCCUUAGCUGCACCCAUUCUUAGACAGAACUUUUACAUGGAUGACGUUCUUUGCGGCGCAUCUUGUUUAGAGGAAGCUAAGGAACUGAAGAGUCAACUUUCUGUUAUAUUGGCGAAGGGAGGAAUGCAGCUUCACAAGCGGUCUAGCAACCAUUUAGAAUUGGCUUCAAAUAUCGAUGGAGGAUACGACUUUGAAAAUCUCAUCGAGACAAAGACGUUAGGAGUGUCCUGGAAGUCACUAGAGGACUGUUUUGUUUUCAGAGUUGCAGUUGAUUUGAAGAAUUCUUACAACAAGAGAUGUGUUCUUUCAACUAUUGCUAGACUUUUCCACCCACUGGGACUACUUGGUCCAGUAGUCGCGAAAGCCAAGAUCUUCAUGCAGAGCCUUUGGAGUCUUAAAAUUGACUGGAUGGAUGAGUUGCCACCUGAAAAAGCCAACGAAUGGCACCAUUUUCUUGAGGAUUUCAAGAGUAUAAACAGUAUCUGUAUUGAAAGGUGUAUUGUGCAUGUGCAUCCGCAUCCGACGAGGAUUGAAUUACACGGUUUUGCCGACGCUUCAGAAAAGUGUUACGGGGCAGUGAUAUACUGUCGUUCUUAUUCGUCAAACGGCAUACCAACAGUGAAACUUGUGACGAGCAAAAGCAGAGUUGCACCCGUGAAAAAUGUCACAAUACCGCGGCAUGAGCUGUGUGUUGCAGUCCUAUUGUCAAAGCUGAUGAAACGAGUUGUGAUUGCUUUACAAGUUGAUUCACCUCCAACGUACCUGUGGAGUGAUUCAACAAUCGUUUUAGCAUGGAUCCAAAAAGACCCUAACAUUCUAAAGACCUUUGUGGGAAAUAGAGUUUCCACCAUUCAACAGCUCUGA